GCGGUGCCGUUCGCGCCCGGGAUGGAGCCCCCGACCGGCACCGAGAGCGCCCGCCUGGUCAGCCCGCGGGGCGGCCGCGCCGACGGCAGCCUGCGCCUCAAGAGUCUGUUCACAGGCUCCCAGGACCACCCGGCACUGCCGCCUCCCCCGGCUUCGGCUCUCCAUUGCCGCUGCAGCCCCCCGGCCCCCAGCCCCGGGCGAGGCAGGCUCCCCAGCCGGCAGCUGAGAGUCGCCUGCGCUGUCUGCUGCCUCUUCAUGGUCGGGGAGGUGAUAGGCGGGUACCUGGCACACAGCCUGGCCAUCAUGACGGACGCGGCCCACCUGCUGACGGACGUGGGCAGCAUGUCCGUCAGCCUCUUCUCCCUCUGGGUCUCCACCCGUCCACCCACCAAGACCAUGACCUUCGGCUGGCACCGCUCAGAGACGCUGGGUGCGCUGGCCUCUGUCCUCUCCAUCUGGGUUGUGACCGCAGCCCUCGUCUACCUGGCGGCCGCCCGCAUCAUCAGCAAUGACUACGAGAUUGAGGCGCGAGCCAUGCUGGCCACGUCCGCCUGCGCCGUCGGCGUCAACCUGGUCAUGGCCUACAUCCUGCACCAGUCCCCCGCCGGCCAUGGCCACGGCUCAGUGGGCUAUGAGCAGCUGGAGAGCUCUGGGGGGUGCCAGCCCGGCCAUGCCCCCCUGCCUGGCAGCACCAGUGUGCGGGCAGCCUUCGUCCACGUGGUGGGUGACCUGCUGCAGAGCAUCGGUGUCCUCGUGGCUGCCACCAUCAUCUACUUCAAGCCCCAGUGCAAGAUUGCAGACCCCAUCAGUACUCUCUUCUUCUCGGUCUUUGUCCUCGGUUCCACCUUCACCAUCCUCAGGGAUGUCUUCAGGGUCCUCAUGGAAGGGACACCACGGGGCGCCGAGUUCGAUGCGGUGAAGGAGGUGCUGCUGGGGGCCAGCGGGGUGCGGGGUGCCCACGACCUGCACCUGUGGGCGCUGACGCCGAGCCACCCCGCUGUGUCAGUGCACGUGGCUGUGGAGGCUGGCGCCGACCCUGAGAUGGUCCUCUGGGAUGUCACUGCCCGGCUCCAGAGCAGGUUUGGCUUUGCAUCGUGCACAGUGCAAGUGGAGCGGCACCAGGAAGAGACAGCAGCCUGUCCCCACUGCCAGGACCCCCAUGCCUGAGACCCCUGCCUGCUGCUGUGCUGGGCCUGGCCCUGGCCCCCCCUGCCCUGGAGCAGCUCGGGGUGCUGUCCUCCCUGUAUCCACCCCACUGCUGUGUAGCCCUGGGGUGGGACAGUGCCCCCGGUGCACAAUCCUGGGUGGGACGGACACGUGGCCUGGCUGCAGCAGCACAGGGGCUCCCUGGGAUCCUCCACUCCCCGCUGUGCCACAGCCUCUGAGGAAGGGGGAUCCUGCCCCACCACCCGCCCCCACGGAGCCCUGAUGUCCCAGCAGGAAGGGAUGUCCCCUAUGGGGGACCCUAGAUGCAGCCCUGGCCCCAGAUGUUUGUGUCCCCACCACCUCCUUUGCUGCUGCCCAGGCUCGGGGAGGGCAGGCCAGAGGAGC